GCAGGAGCAGAAGAUGCGGGAGCGGGAGGAGAAGACGUGGAGGCAGGAGGAGAAGAUGCGGGAGCAGGAGGAGAUGAUACGGGAGCAGGAGAAGAAGAUCUGGGAGCAGGAGAAGAUGAUGCAGGAGCAGGAGGAGAAGAUGUGGGAGCAGGAGGAGAAGAUGUGGGAACAGGAAGAGAAGAUGCAGGAACAGGAGGAGAAGAUGCGGAGGCAGGAGGAGAAGAUGCGGGAGCAGGAAGUGAGGCUGCGAGAGCAGGAGGAGAAGAUGCAGGAGCAGGAGGAGCACCUGGAAGCUGCCAUCUACCGAGCACAUGACAAGAAGGCAAAAACAAUAAACAUGUAAAACCCGGCAGCAAGGCCUGGAGAAGAGUCAGCUGCCAUGUGACUGUUUAGAAUAUAGUCUGAACCCAAACCCG